CCAACCAUCAGACUCGAUUCAUUCACUUCUGCUCAGUGGUGCGACAAGGACUAGGGGCCUUAGGUGGGAAAGAGAGAGGAAAAAAGUUCACUUCACACCAUUGGGUGCCAAGAGAAGGGGAACACAACUACACUGGAGCUCUCACUGUGCGCUGAUCGUUGAUCAUGGGUGACUGGAGCUUCUUGGGAAACAUAUUAGAGGAAGUAAAUGAACACUCGACGGUGAUUGGGAGGGUGUGGCUCACAGUGCUCUUCAUCUUCCGGAUCCUCAUCCUGGGCACAGCCGCUGAGUUUGUGUGGGGCGACGAGCAGUCGGAUUACGUGUGCAACACCCAGCAGCCUGGUUGCGAGAACGUGUGCUACGACGAGGCUUUCCCCAUCUCGCACAUCCGUCUGUGGGUUCUCCAGAUCAUCUUUGUGUCUACACCCUCGCUGGUGUACGUGGGCCACGCYGUGCACUAUGUCCACAUGGAGGAGAAGCGCAAGGAGCGCGAGGAGGCUGAGUUGAACCGCCAGCAGGAGCUGAGUGAGGAGAGGCUGCCGCUAGCGCCUGACCAGGGCAGUGUGCGCACCACCAAGGAGACCAGCACCAAGGGCAGCAAGAAGUUCAGGCUGGAGGGCACCCUGCUGAGGACCUACAUCUGYCACAUCAUCUUCAAGACGCUAUUCGAGGUGGGAUUCGUGGUGGGCCAGUACUUCCUGUACGGAUUCCGCAUCCUGCCGCUGUACCAGUGCAGCCGCUGGCCCUGCCCCAACACCGUGGACUGCUUCGUGUCGCGCCCCACCGAGAAGACUGUCUUCAUCAUCUUCAUGUUGGCUGUGGCAUGUGUCUCGCUCUUCCUCAACUUCGUGGAGAUCAGCCACCUGGGCCUGAAGAAGAUCCGCUUCGUGUUCAGCAAGCCGGCGCCCCAGACCCAGGGCGGUCAGGACGGCGAAAGCCAGAGCCCCCCUGAGGAAAAGAGCCUGCACUCCAUGGCCGUGUCGUCCAUCCAGAAGGCCAAGGGCUACCGGCAGCUGGAGGAGGACAAGCCCRCAUCGCACUUCUUCCCCUUAACAGAGGUGGGCAUGGAGGCAGGCAGGCUGCCCGUACCUUACCAGGCGGAAAGUGAGAACGUCUCUAAAGUGUACGACGAGUCUUUGCCUUCCUACGUCCAGACCACUGGGGCGGAGGUGAGGGUCCUACCGGAAAGCGGCGAGGACGAGGGCCCCGCGGACCCCGACGUGGAGGCUACCGACACGAUAGCAGACACCAGACCACUCAGCAGUUUAAGCAAAGCCAGCAGCAGGGCAAGGUCUCUGGUGUGCAGAGGAGAGUAGAAAGAGGACACCGAAGCUACAAAGAGAAGAUCAACUCAAUCUACUUGUGCAUGCCUGACCAUUACCAGCACAGRGAGCAGGGAAUGACCUCUAACCUGGAAACACUGCAGUCUGACUGCAGUCCGGUACUCGGUAGAGCAGUCCGGUAGAUUUGAGCAAGUAAUUCACAACAAUUACUGAUKAAUCAUUCUCUUUAAACCUAAUUAAGUGAAUGAUACAUGUGUAAUACAUGAAUAAAGAGCAAAUAGAUAUUUAGUCACUUCGAUCUUUAAAGACAGAGGAAUGAGUAAAAUACUAAUUAGUCAAAUAUAAUUCCUCUGAUUUGAGAAUAAA